CAUAUAGUCAAGAUUCUGGGUGGGCCUAGGCCCUAGGCUCCUCUAGUGUGAGGAGUUGAUAGACAAGUGUGCAAUGACCAGUGAAGCAGCAGAGGUAACUGGUAAGGAGCCAUUUUAGUUCUGAAACUAUGCGAUUUGAUCCAUUUCGUUUCUCUUAGAAAAACCAGAAAAGCAAGAGCUAGGGUUCAUCAAAAUCAGAAAAAGCUUCGUUUUCUCAAAUAAAUCGAUCAAGAGAUGGCGUUUUGGUGGCCGUUGCUGGUGCUUGCAUUCGCAUUCGUGAUCUGUAAAUUCCUGUUGAUGCUCGUUCCUUCCAAUGUGCCUUCUAUCAACGUCGAUGCCUCUGACGUGUUGGGUAACGGAAAUCAGACGGACGAGAACAGCUACAUAUAUAUACCUUCAAGGCGGCAGACAGACAAAGUUAAGUGCUAUGAGCCUGCAACAAUGAAGUACCUUGGCCACUUCCCUGCAUUAAAACCUGAUGAGGUUAAGGAGAGGGUAGCACAGGCAAGGAAAGCUCAAAAGAUAUGGGCAAAAAGUAGCUUCAAGCAGAGGCGCCAGUUUCUGAGGAUCCUUCUGAAGUAUAUAAUUGAACAUCAAGAUCUUAUAUGCGAAAUUUCUUCAAGGGAUACUGGGAAGACCAUGGUGGAUGCGUCAUUGGGGGAGAUAUUGACAACUUGUGAGAAAAUUACAUGGCUUCUUUCAGAGGGUGAAAGGUGGCUAAAGCCUGAAUACAGAUCAUGUGGAAGAUCAAUGCUUCACAAGACAGCCAAGGUGGAGUUUUAUCCCCUUGGUGUAAUUGGUGCUAUUGUCUCGUGGAAUUAUCCUUUUCAUAAUAUUUUCAACCCAAUGUUGGCGGCAGUAUUCUCAGGAAACAGCAUUGUGAUUAAGGUUUCGGAAAAUGCAAGUUGGUCAGGAUGUUUUUAUAUGAGAAUUAUUCAGACAGCCCUUGCUGCUGUAGGAGCUCCUGAAAACCUGGUUGAAGUUAUAACUGGGUUUGCUGAAACUGGAGAAGCCUUAGUGUCUGCAGUUGACAAAAUUAUAUUUGUCGGAUCACCUGGUGUGGGUAGAAUGAUAAUGCGGAAAGCUUCAGAUACAUUAAUACCAGUUACACUUGAGCUUGGUGGAAAAGAUGCAUUUAUUGUCUGCGAAGAUGUGGAUGUGCCUCAUGUUGCACAAGUUGCUGCUAGGGCUGCUCUCCAAUCAAGUGGGCAAAAUUGUGCGGGUGCUGAGAGAUUCUAUGUUCAUAAGGAUGUUUAUUCUUCAUUUGUUGCUGAAGUUGUCAAAAUUGUAAAAUCUGUUGCUGUUGGCCCUCCACUGGCUGGGAAGUAUGACAUGGGAGCCAUAUGCAUGCAGGAGCAUUCCGAAAAGCUCCAAAAUCUUGUAAAUGAUGCCGUGCAGAAAGGAGCUGAAGUUGUCGGGCGAGGAAGUGUCGGAAAUAUUGGUGAAGAUGCUGUUGAUCAGUAUUUCCCACCUACUGUUAUUGUAAAUGUGAACCACUCUAUGAAGUUGAUGCAGGAGGAGGCAUUUGGACCAGUUUUGCCAAUAAUGAAAUUCAAUUCUGAUGAAGAGGCUGUCAAGCUAGCAAAUGAUUCAAAAUAUGGACUUGGUUGUGCUGUUUUUUCUGGCAGUCAACAUCGGGCCAAACAAAUUGCUUCACAGUUACAUUGUGGUGUUGCUGCAGUUAAUGACUUUGCUUCAACUUACAUGUGUCAGUCUUUGCCAUUUGGUGGUGUAAAAGACAGUGGCUUUGGAAGAUUUGCUGGCAUAGAAGGCUUGCGAGCUUGCUGCCUUGUAAAGUCAGUCGUGGAGGAUAGAUGGUGGCCAUUUAUCAAAACCAAGAUACCAAAGCCUAUUCAGUAUCCUGUAGCGGAGAAUGGUUUUGAGUUUCAAGUUUCCCUGGUGGAAGCUCUUUAUGGCUUGAACAUCUUGGACCGUUUGAGAGCAUUGGUGAAUGUUUUGAAGAUCCUUACAGAGCAGAACCCCUCCAUAAACUACAAGAGGAGAAAUGAAUGAUCUCUGUGCUCGGCAAUUUUUCAAAGUUAUCAUGGUACCAUCCAAUAUCAACAUGUUUUACACCAUCUAAAUGUUGCUUUAUUUUCCUUUAUUGCUGAGUAUGAGUUGGUGGCUAAAUGCUUCUCAUUGUUUUAGGGACGGUUAGAGUACCUUUACAAGCCUUUUUUUUUUUUUAAGGAACUGCUAAUGAAACAUGCAACAAUUUAGAACAAUUUGUUGUUAUUCA